AGUUAGGGGGUUGGCCCUCACGGCUACGCCCCAGACUUGGCGCCAACUGGAGUGCGCGUUGAGGGCGGAGCGGAGAGCGGUGGUCGCCUGGGACCCGCCCAGGGAGACAUGGAGAACUAUCUGGCGGCCGCGGCGCUGAAUGGGGUGAACCGACUUACUUUGCAGCGCUCGGCUAGGCUGGGUCAGGAAGUGCUGGAGCGGGCCAAGAGGAGGGCAGUGGACUGGCACUCGCUGGAGCUCCCCAAAGGCAGCAUCGGGGUCCUUGCCCCGGAGAGGCCCGACCAGGAAAGACGACCGGCAACCGGUCCCCAGCGCCUUUUCCCAGAAGAGAGAGAAGAAAGACACCCAACCCUCAAUGCUUCCUUCAGGACAAUGGCUGAAUUCAUGGACUAUACUUCAAGUCAGUGUGGGAAAUAUUAUUCAUCUGUGCCAGAGGAAGGAGGGGCAACCCACGUUUAUCGUUACCACAGAGGGAAGUCAGAGCUGCGCUUGUGCUCAGAAAGAGGGAAUGGUCAGAGAAAAGACACAUCCCUUGGUCUUGGAGGCAUCUAUCAAGCAUCAGAGUGUGACCUAGAGGCAUCCCAGCCUGCUGAGAGUAUCUCUAAGGACCUCUACAUAGAAGUAUAUCCAGGCACCUAUUCUGUCACUGUGGGUUCAAAUGACUUAACCAAGAAGACUCAUGUGGUAGCAGUUGACUCAGGACAGAGCGUGGACUUGGUCUUCCCUGUAUGAUGUUGACCUUCACCUGGACCUCACAUUAGCUUUUUUUUUAAGUAGCGAGGAGAUGAGUCUUCAUGUGAUCUCUCAACAUUUGCACAUUAAUUCUGCUUUUAGUACUGACGAUAGAGGUUCAGCUUUCCUGGGAAUUCAAGUUGGUCUCUCGCAGUGCCUAUUUUAACUUGAGAGUGUAAAGUGUAGAAAUCGUCAUCGCCACCCUUCCCCCAACCCGGGUCUCCUUUUGACUGAAAUAAUGUAAUGAUACUGUCUGAGUGGUUUUACUGCUUACUUUCCAAAUGAAGGUUAAUUAUGAUAAUAAAGGGCAAGAUUCUGAGAUGAA